AUGUUCGGCUCCCUAAGCUCCCUCCAACCCCGGCAACUGGCCACCCAAGUCCUAAACUUCGCCCUCGUCCUCAGCACAGCCUUUAUGCUCUGGAAAGGCCUGAGUGUCGCAACCGACUCCGCUUCUCCCAUCGUAGUCGUCCUCUCCGGAAGUAUGGAACCGGCUUUCCAACGUGGAGACUUGCUGUUCCUCUGGAACCGCGGCUUGGAUACCAAAGUAGGAGAGGUGGUGGUGUAUAAUGUCAGGGGCAAGGAUAUCCCCAUCGUGCAUAGAGUUGUCAGGAGAUUUGGUGGUGGUGAAGGAUGCGAAAACAGAAUCAACGCUCCUCCCCUUCAACUCCUUACAAAAGGCGAUAACAACGCCGCCGAUGAUACCGAACUCUACGCCCGUGGACAAGACUUCCUCAACCGCGCGACUGAUGUCGUGGGUAGUGUGGUGGGAUACAUUCCCUUUGUGGGUUACGUUACCAUCUUGCUUGCCGAGUACCCUUGGCUCAAGACUGUGAUGCUGGCGUUCAUGGGCUUGACUGUGGUUUUCCAGAGGGAAUAG